AUGGAUGAUACGAUUGCGGUAUAUGUGAAAACCCAAGAAGAUUUGGCUUUUGAGUAUGAACUACAAUCAAACGGUGACGAUAUUGUAGUGUGGAAACGCUACCUCGAACACCGAAAGGCAUGCGAAAAUCCGGCCGCUUUGGCUUGGGUUUACGAGCGCUGCUGCUACCACUUUCCUGGCGACUGUAGUAUGUGGUUAGAGUAUUUACAAUGGCGCGUAGCGCUUUUGGUAGAAGCUAACGCUGUGAUUUUCGCAGGCGAAUUUGAAAAGUGUAAUAAGCUGUUUGAGAAGGCCAUGUACUUGUGUUACCAAGACGUGGGAAUAUGGGAGCUAUAUUUAAGACAUUGCGUCAAACAGCGGAACUUAGGUUUCAUACGAGACGUUCUGAACCGAGCGCUUCAAAAUGUGCCUCUCGAACAUCACAUUCGGUUAUGGGCUCCCGUGGUUGAACUUAUUGAAACCCUGCUUCAGAAUCGACCAGAGCAUGAGUUUGCGGACCCCGAUUUGGAAUUUAUAGUGCAGCAGGCUCUAAAGGAGUCUUCCAGUGAUCUACACGCUGUACCGAAAGACUUGUGGUCGUCCCAUUUACUAGCACGGUAUAUUCAGGUGGCAGAAGAGCAGGAGCACAUACUGCGUCUGAUCGGUUUGACAGGCGACCAUCAUACAAUUUCCAAAGUCUACAACGAAAAAAUCAUCCUACGAAAAGACUUCAAACCAGUUGAACGCCCGUUAUUUGGCUUCUACGAACUCUACCUAAACGCACUGGAAAGCACAUGUGGCCACCAACGGUAUAAUCAGAUUAUGGCUCAAUGUCUUGAAAUGUUUCCAGAACAGAGUUCCACGCUGGUAAUAACCUUGAGCAUUUAUUUCAUAAAAAGAAGAAAAUUCAACGAGGCGAGAAACGUGCUGCAGGAUUCUCUGUCAUCUACCACUAGCAUGAAUUCGUUUUCUCGAAUUUAUGACUUUUUGGUGAAAUUUCUGGAAGUGUACGUCUCUAGCUGCAUGGAUUUAGCUCAACACGAGGAUGGCUAUGAGCAGCAACAUAUUCAACUCGAUCGUGAAAUAUCCUUCAACAUAGAGGUCUUAGAAAAUCUGAUGGAUUCUCACUCACUGUUAGUGAGUGAUCUUAGAUUGAGACAAAAUGUCAAUGAUGUCAAGGUUUGGAUGGACAGAGUCCAGCUUUAUUCAGGUCUGCAAGAAAAACUUCAUGUUUACACUGAUGCUUUGGUCAAGAUUAAUCCCGCUUUGGUCACCGAACCCGCUGUUCUUGGGAAACUGUGGUGCAAUUUGGGUGAUCUUUACAUUAGCAAUGGCCAGAUUGAUUUUGCAAGAGAAUCCUUUGAGAGGUCUACCCGAGUUCCUUUUCGUUUUCUUCAAGACCUUGAAAAUGUGUGGCAUAAAUGGGCAGAGAUGGAGGUAGAAUGCAGUCGUUUACCAGACGCGUUGAAGAUUCUAAAAAGGGCACUUGUGCUUCCUGAGUCUCCAGACCUUGUGGUCGAGAAGUACGAGUCAGUAAAAAGCGGGAUCCCUGUUCAGGCCGUGCUUUUUACUUCUCUGAAGCUUUGGUCUUUCUACAUUGAUCUGCUUGAAGUCUCUUCAAAUACAGCCAAAGUCGUCGAGGCAUAUGAAAACAUCAUAUCUCUCAAGCUAGCGACUCCGGUACAUUUUAUAAAUUACGCCCACUUCUGGCAGGAACGGGAUGGGUGGGAUGACAGUUUCAAGAUAUACGAGCGGGCUCUGGUCAUCUUCCCGGGCGCAGUUCGUUUAGACUUAUGGAGGAUUUACCUGAAAGUGUCCACGGACCGAUUAAGACCCGCAGAAACUAUGCGUGAUCUGUUUGAGCAGGCUGUGCUACUUGCGGGUGAGGGCAUGGAUUGUUCAGAUGUUUUUAUCCAAUACGGUGAAUUUGAAGAAAAACAGGGCAUGCAAAAAAGAUGCAUCGAUAUUCUUGUGAAUGGGAGUACUCAGAUUCGUGACGAAACUUCCAAGCUGCGAUUAUGGAGUCUGUGUCUUGAAAAAUGCAAAAGCUUUUUGGGACUGAAGGCAUCGCGAGAUUUGUACACGAAAUGCAUUCAAAAUCUGCCGAACUCCAAAGUCAUUCCUUUUGUGCUCGAUUUCGCUGGAUUGGAAGAGACGCUCGGUGAUAUUGCGCGGGCUCGGGCAGUGCUUCGAUUUGGCGCACAAUUGGCGCAUCCGAGUUCAAAUACCAAAUUGUGGGACUACUGGAACGAACUGGAGCUCAGACAUGGGGACAAGAUUUCAUUCAAGGAGAUGUUAAGGACCAAAAGAGGAUUGUCCGACUCUUUGAAAGUUUCUACUGAAGACGUCUCGAGAGAAGACGGAAACGUUGAAUUCGUUGUUUCCAAGGCCGGUUCGAACCUCGAGCCAGAACAGACAACGGUCAAUCCUGCUGAGAUCUCACUAGAUAUUUAA